GUGUGCUUGUUUCUAACAGAGGAAACACAGAGUGAACUCCUCAGCAUGAUGGUGUCCGUCAGAAUCGUUUUCUGUCUGUGCUGUGGAGCUCUAUCAGCAGCGCUCGACUUAAAGUGGAGAACUCAAAACCAGGGACCGGACCAGCCUCAAGUCCAGCAGCCAGCAGCAGUCCUCCAGAAGAAGCAGUUUUUACAUGAACCGUUGUCCUGGAGGUAUCCGGAGCCGCCGGCCGAGGAGGAGCCUCAGUACCCUGCAGACUUUGAGCCUAAGGCUCCGACGCCGGCCGACAGCGUCCGUGCCGUCUGUGGGGAGAACUCCGUCCGGGUGGAGGCCAAGAAAGACCUGCUGGGGAUCGGCAAUCAUGUCCUGGCUGCGGACAUCACGCUGGGAGGAUGUCCUGCCAUGGGGGAAGAUCCCGAAGAGCAGGUCCUGGUCUUUGAGUCGGAGCUGCAUGGAUGUGGCAGCCAGCUGCUGAUGUCCGAGGACUCGUUCAUCUACGCCUUCGAGCUGCUCUACACUCCCAGUCCUCUGGGGGACAGUCAAAUCAUCCGAACCAGAAGCGUCACAGUCGGCAUCCGAUGUCACUACCAGAGGAAGCAUGACGUGAGCAGUGGGCUGCUGAAGCCGACCUCGAGUCCCUUCAGUGCCACCAAAGCUUCAGAGGACAGUCUCUACUUCUCCAUCAAACUCUUGACUGAUGAUUGGCAGGCCUCUCGUCUGUCCUCUGUGUUCCUGCUGGGAGACAUGAUGAAGUUUGAGGUUUCAGUCAAACAGUUUCAUCACGUCCCCCUCAGAGUGUCGGUGGACAGCUGCACGGCCACAGUGCUCCCCAACAUCGACACCGUCCCUCGAUACGUCUUCCUGGGAAACGGCGGGUGUCUGUUUGACAGUCAGCUGACCGGCUCCAGCUCUCAGUUCCUGCCUCGGACUCAGGACGACAGACUGCAGUUUGAGGUUGAGGCGUUCAGGUUCCAGCAGGACGACAGCGGCGUGAUCUACAUCACCUGCAGUGUGAGAGCCAUAGCAGCUGCUGCAGCUGUUGAUGCCACCAACAAGGCCUGUUCAUUCUCCAACGGGUGGAGGGAGGCAAGUGGCAGCCAUCGGUUCUGUAGCUGCUGUGAUUCAGACUGUGGAACAGGAAGCCAGAGUCACCUGACUGGAACAGGUGCUCCGUGGGAACAGGAAACAGCUGUUGGACCAAUCACAGUGAAGGAGAGACCUCUACAGUGACAAAACAAGAACUGUUAGGAUGAAAUAAAUAUGAUAAAGUUAUUCAUACUGUGAUGAGACCUGGUUUGUGUGGUUUGAUCUCAAGGUUAAAUCUUAUGAACCACUUUAACAAAGCUGUUCAUUAAAGUACAACUGAAUUUGAAAUUGCUGAUUAUUCAGUUGGUAAAAUAUUUUUUCUCAAAACUCUAAUAUAUAUCUGACUUUGGCCUUUUAAAUAAUACAGAAAUUCUUUAAACUUAGACAAACACAGAUGCCUCACAUCAGCACAAGUUAAUCAUUGUUAACAUGCAUUAUUAUAACCCUCACACAACCAACCCUGCAGUCUUUUUCUUUGUCUAUCAUCUGUAUGAUCUCAACGUAACAUUAGCACGUUAGCAUGUUCUUUGCUGCAGCGUUCAGGGGUCCCAGCAUCCUGACUGACUUCACUAAAUCUCCAAUUAUCUGAAGAAAAAACAAUGUGCUAUGGGACAUCAAUACGUUAAUAGAUCUGUGUGUAAUCAAUAGGCAGUUCCACCAUAACUGUUUUUACUUGCAAGUUGUUUUUGGUUUUUUUAAGAUGAAAGUAAACAUGAAAAUGAAGGAAAAAACAUUGGAAAUUCUUGGAUUUUAAUCCGUUGAGGAUUUGUUCAGUUUAUUCAAGCAACAAUAAAAAGU